GUACAAUUUUAUUUCUAUGUGGAUGUAUCCUCCAAUGCUUUCAGGCUUUAAUGUUAAAUGUCUUCAAACAGAUCUGUAAAUGCUCUUUUCAUUAGACUUUAGUCCCCAAUGAGUCUCCAGAUAGACGGGACAUUUUGAGGAAGUGGUUUAGCCAGAAACAGGAAACCCAACGCUGCAGUUUAUGUACCCAGACAAACUGAAACACUCAAUAGAUGCGUGGAACAACCUCAACGAAGAAGACUAGAAACUUCCCCGCAAAAACCCCAAACAUCACAACAUGGAAGCUCAACAAGUUUGGCAUCUUUCUUCCAUGUCGACCUGGAUAUUUGUCUUUUGCUUCCUGCCUGCUUGCUCAGGAAUGGACGCACCAAAACUCAGCCUGGAAAGCACCGUCUUUGUGGCCUUCCCAGGCGAAGACCUCCACAUUAAGUGUGAGGUGAUGAUGAUCCCAGCAAACGUAAGCGGCGGCGACUUGAUGUGCUUCGAUCCUCUCGACGAACAGAUAUAUAGCAAACCCAUCACUGGGACGACCGGCGAGCAAAAUGUCAAAGUGACAUUGGAGCUGAAAAACCUGACCACAUCAGGAGAAUACAGUUGUCACUAUAAAACAGCCAAAGUGUACUGGUUUCUUCGAGUGGGAAGUGAAAGCAACACGAAGUCGGAAGGAAUGCUGGAUUACACAGAAUCCAGCAUACUCGGCGUCUUCACUGUUGUGCUGCUGGUUUUCAGUGUGGUCGGCUCAUUGUAUGUCUUCAGAGGAAAUGGGAAAGAUCACAUCACUGGAAGUGGCGACACCGGCAGAAACAGAGAAGGAAGGACAGAAAGUGAAGUUGUGGAACACAACGUUGAUGCAAUAACAGCUCCGUCUACCUCUUUUUAUGCUAGUCUUGAGCCUCGGCCCAGGUCCAUUUAUGAUGAGCUGGACCUCUCAGCUGCCAACAGAGAGCCAGACCAAAUCCCAGCAAAACGCCAGAAAAAGGAACCCAAAGAAACGAUUGCACAAACCACACAAGACCAGGAUGAAGGCGUAUUUGAGUCUGUCUAUGAGAAUUUUUGAAUCAUUUAUAAACUUGUAUCGACAGAUUGUGAUAUUUAUAUCAUUGCCUGAGAUGAUCUCGGUUUGCUUUGCUGUGUCAUUGUCGCCUGUUACCAGAAAGUUUUAGAUCCUUUAAAAGUAAAAGUAACAAAAACACAAUUAAAAAAAUACUCUAUUGCAUGUAAAUUUGUAAAAAAAAAGUAUUAUCAGCAAAUUAUACUCAAAGAACAAAGUUAAAAGUACUCAUUAUGCAGGCACAAUGGCAUCUAUCAGUGUUACAUUAUAAUGUAUGAUGUUGUAGCUACUUAUUUACUGUAUAAUUAUAGGUUUGAAAUAUGAAUCAGAAAAGUAAUUAGUAUCUAUCGCUGUCAUAUAAAUGAAGUGGAGUAAGAUGUACAGUAAUAUAAAAAAGUGCAGUGUU